AGAUUUUAAUUCAUAUUAAUCAAUCAAUUCCGUCCGUAAUUGAUCUGGAAAUCUUACAUCACCUUCUUAACAGGCUAUAAUUCGAGUUCUUAUUGGUCUCCUGCCAUAUUCUUAUUUACCUAAGAGGCUGUAAUAAAUACUUUGCGUUUGGUUUUAAGUCACUCACUCGUAAAGCGCUCUAAGGAAGUGUUGAACUUAAAAGAUAACUGUGGGUUGCUGAAAAGAACCACUCCUGCUGUUUAAAAUGCAGAUUAUCGUUUAUUUGCUUUGUUUGGUUGCUCAUUGCUUUCUUUUUAACGUGGAAGCAGUGCAAGUAAACAGGAACACCUGCUAUCGCAAACAGAAUUUCGAGCUGGUCGCAUACCGACGGGGGUCGCAAGAGGGGGCCUUGGAACAAGUUAUGGUGGACGUUGGAGAAUGUGCAAAGGAUAACACCACGAACAAUACAUGCCUCCCUUAUGAACUGACCGAGCAUCGCAAUUACGCCAUGGCACCGGUCAUUAUUGAGAAGGAGAUCAUAGAGAGCUGUCAGUCGGCAAGUAACGGAUGUCAGCGGCUCCCACGCCUGGUUAAGUAUUACAACGGAACUAAAUUUGAGGUCACGAUUGACGUUGGAAUUUGUAGUGGACAAUGCCAUAGAAACACUAAAUGCCAGUCAUUUGACAAGAAAACAAAAAGUAUUUCUUCAGCAAACGGAGAUAGAUGCCUCGUAAUUAUUGUGGACUGUGCAUGUGUGGAGCCUUCAUGCUACCGAGUGUCACGUUACGAGGGAUUUCCAGAACAGUACACUGACUCCCAUGGAAACAAGGCAAUGCGAACCAAGAUCAUAGACGUUGGAAAAUGCAUUGGUAACUCUCGAUGCCUCAAGAAACUUCCCACAGGCAACCAAAGGAUUAAUACGCCAAAAGGAAUUUGGAACAAUCUUAUUGGUUACAGCAAAAUGAGGUGCAUUACUAAACGCUCCAAGGCGCAUUCCUUCAUCACUGCUGGGGGAAAAAACUUCAGCGUCCGCACCGUAGAAAGUUGCGCUUGUCUUGGCUGAGGGACCUGGUAACCCUGUCAAAACUGAAGCCGAGUUGAAGUAAUUCCAAAAGACUGCUGGAUGUGUUACACACUUACAGUUUUAAGUUUUGAUCUCAGCAAACACAACAUUGAGAGUAAUGCUAUUGUAAGAAUUAUUUUCAUAUAUAUGAUAUGAUUUCUCACCGCGGGUGACAAGUUCGGUUGAAUAUUUCAAUCCUGUUUGAUUUUGUGUGUGUCAUUAAAAUUCGGUUGUUGUU